CAGGGAAAUCCCUCAGACCCAGUAACUCCAGUGUCUCCAGUCUGGACAGCCGCUUCGCUCUCUGGCUGAAGCCUGCUAGUCUGCUCGGACUGAGGAACACCCAAACCCAGGAAGGAGCUAAGCUUUCGCAUUGAUCGCUGGAUUUUCUUUAUAGAUAUUUAAGGGGACGCGAUGGCAGAUGUAAGUUUCAACGAAUCGUCCAACGCGGACGUAGCCAACAGGUUUGCGCGUAAAGGCGCGCUGAGGCAAAAGAACGUCCACGAAGUGAAGGAUCAUAAAUUCAUAGCCAGGUUCUUCAAGCAGCCGACUUUCUGCAGCCACUGCACCGACUUCAUCUGGGGGUUUGGAAAGCAAGGAUUCCAGUGCCAAGUUUGCUGUUUUGUGGUCCACAAGAGGUGCCAUGAAUUUGUCACGUUCUCCUGCCCGGGGGCAGACAAGGGACCCGACACAGACGAUCCCAGAACAAAGCAUAAGUUCAAGAUCCACACCUAUGGGAGCCCCACCUUCUGUGAUCACUGCGGCUCCCUGCUUUAUGGUCUCAUCCACCAGGGCAUGAAGUGUGACUCCUGUGAUAUGAACGUUCAUAACCAGUGUGUUAUGAAUGUUCCCAGCCUGUGUGGAACCGAUCACACUGAGAGAAGAGGGCGUCUUUUCCUCAAAUGUGAGGUCAGCGUGGAUAAACUGGAGGUCACAGUGGGUGAAGGUAAAAACCUCAUACCCAUGGACCCCAAUGGCCUCUCGGAUCCAUACGUCAAACUCAAGCUCAUCCCAGAUCCUAAAAACGAGACCAAGCAGAAGACCAAAACCAUCCGCUCCAACCUCAACCCCAAAUGGAAUGAGACCUUUUCUUUCAAGCUGAAGCCUUCAGAUAAAGAUCGCAGGCUGUCUGUGGAAGUGUGGGACUGGGAUCGGACCACCAGGAAUGACUUCAUGGGAGCGCUCUCCUUUGGCGUUUCGGAGCUCAUGAAGUCUCCCGCCUGUGGCUGGUUCAAGUUAUUGUGUCAGGAGGAGGGGGAGUACUACAACGUUCCCAUCUCAGUGGAGGACGAUGGCAAUGAAGAACUGAGGCAGAAAUUCGAGGACCUAGCGGUUGGGGAAGACUUUGAUCAGAAAGCCAAGUUAGGACCUGGAAAGAAGAUGAUCUCAGAAGGAGUCGAUGGCCGACCCAUUAGCUUCCCUUCUAACAGCCUGGACCAGGUCAAACUCAGUGAUUUCAGCUUCCUGGCUGUGCUGGGAAAAGGCAGCUUUGGCAAGGUCAUGCUAGCAGAGAUGAAGGCCACGCAAGAGCUUUAUGCUAUUAAGAUCCUGAAGAAGGAUGUAGUGAUCCAGGAUGAUGAUGUCGAAUGUACAAUGAUAGAGAAGAGAGUCCUGGCUCAACAAGACAAGCCACCCUUCCUCACGCAGCUUCACUCGUGCUUCCAGACUGUGGACCGCCUGUAUUUUGUCAUGGAGUAUGUGAAUGGUGGAGAUCUUAUGUACCACAUCCAACAAGUGGGCAAGUUCAAGGAACCUCAAGCAGUAUUCUAUGCAGCAGAAAUUGCCGUUGGUCUCUUCUUCUUGCACCUUAAAGGAAUCAUUUACAGGGAUCUGAAAUUGGACAACGUCAUGCUGGACUCAGAGGGACACAUCAAGAUAGCGGACUUUGGCAUGUGCAAAGAGAACAUGGCAGACGGCGUCACCACGCGAACCUUCUGCGGCACUCCGGACUACAUAGCUCCAGAGAUCAUUGCUUAUCAGCCAUAUGGACGGUCUGUGGACUGGUGGGCGUAUGGAGUUCUACUUUAUGAAAUGCUGGCAGGACAGCCUCCGUUUGAUGGUGAGGAUGAAGAUGAGUUGUUCCAGUCCAUUAUGGAGCACAAUGUUUCUUACCCAAAGUCCAUGUCAAAAGAAGCUGUGUCCAUCUGCAAAGGGCUGAUGACCAAACACCCAUCUAAGCGCUUGGGCUGCGGCCCUGAAGGAGAGAGGGACAUCAGAGAACACGCCUUCUUCAGACGGAUCGACUGGGAUCGUCUUGAGAACAGAGAGAUACAGCCACCCUUCAAGCCUAAAACGUGCGGCAAAGGGGCUGAGAAUUUCGACAAGUUCUUCACACGCACCCAGCCCCAGCUUACACCACCAGACGAGCUGGUUAUUGCCAACAUUGACCAGGCAGAGUUUGCAGGGUUCUCUUUCAUCAACAGUCAGUUUGUACAUCCGUCACUUAUCCAGAGUGUAUGAAAAGGAUGGUAGUAUCUCUGAUUAACCUCCCUGUUCACUGCCACCUACCGAAACCAACCGUCAAUAAAAUGUUAUUAGAGCAUCAAGUCCCAUAAUUGAUCCUUUUGGUUUUCUUUUUAAAGCAGGAGUCUAGGGCAUGCAUAUAUCAAUUGUACUUUUUUUUUUUUUUGCCAAUACAGAUAAUGAAUGAAAAAGCUUCAAUUGGUUUUGGUUGCCAAAAGACAAAUGUUUCUGUAGUUAUCAUGAGCAUGCACUGUAGGAGCAUGCCUCUGUAACCUGGAGGCAUUAAAAUCAGAAGGGUGCCAAGCUUUAUUAAUCUAUGCUGGUGUAUGAUUUAGAGAAUAAUGUAUGUUUAGGAAUCUUAGUAGAUGAAAAGGGUAUCAGUAGAUCUAAAGUAUCAUGCAAAAUAAACCAUACCCCUUAAACUUUUCCACAUUUUGUUACAUUAAAACCACAAACUUUUAUGUAUUUCAUUGGGAUUAUUAUGAGAUUAUUAGACAGUCUAACACAAAGAAUGUAAAUAGUAGCUGGGUUUGACAGUGACAAUGGAAGAAUGGAGGGCAUCUUAUUUUGGCUAAGCUGAAAUUGCUUACAGAAGAGGUUUUUAUUUAAUCCUUAUACACUGACCAGCUUCAGUGUUCUGCUGAGGAAUUCUCACAGUAUGACUGUGCCACCACCAUGUUUUACUGUGCAGAUGAGGUGUUCAGAUUGCUAGUUUUGUCUUGUGGCACACUGCAGAUUGGAAUAUAUAUAGCUUUAUAAAAGCCAAUAUUGAAGGACUCCAUAGCUAGUAAUUGUUCAGCGCACACAUGCCCCAACCAGAGAUCUCACUAUAGAUCUCUACACCUCCACCAUACUUACUGUAAUUUUAAAAGGACAGCCAGGUUCCUUAAGAUGUGUGCUUGUGCCAAACCCAUUCCAGUUUUGGAUGGAUUCAUAAAUGCUUUGUGAGAUGUUCAAUGACUGACUUUUGUAACCUAGGGCAGCUUUAAAGUGUCUACAAUUUAUCCUUUUUCUUGGUUUUUAUAAUGUCAUUUGUCCUAUAAUUGGAGGCCCUUUACAGAAAGAUGAAUCUAUUUCUCAAUAUACGUCCAACUGGUGUUGAGAUACCUGGUCCAGAAGGCACAAACAGAAUGCAAGACAGGAAUGGAAAGCAAUUAAAGAAAAACAAACAAAAACUAGGCAUCCUUAGAUCAUACCCUUAGAGCUCAGUUAGAAUUACAUAAGUCUCAAAAAUAAUUCAGAUGAAAUGAGAUUGAAUUACACCCAGAUAGUCUUUUUACCGAUGAGAUGAGUUCUGAAGGAGGGUGAUUGCAAUGGAUUUUGGAUUUUAUUUCUUGUAUUUUGACAUUUGAUCGAAAAAACUGAAUACAUACAAGUGCAACACUUGUCUGUCAUAUAAAAUAUAUAUAUUAGAAGUCCUAAAGUUUGUGGUUUUAUCAUGAAAGAAAUGUGCAAAAUAUCCAGGGGUGUGCUUAUUUGCGCCAUGGCUCCAUGGCUAAUGAUUGUUUCAAUAACCAGAAUACAUUUACGGUUUAUUAGGCAGUUAAUAUGCUGUAGCCAAAUAUGAAGGACAGGUGGUGCAGGAAUUGAAACAGCACUUUGUUAUUCAAUGUUUCCUGUAUCAUGUUUACAGUU